GAAGUGGUCUCGGCUGCGAUGAGCUAUCGAAAGGUGGAUAAAACAAUCCGUUGAUAAAACUUCAAGCAAGAAAAAAACGAGCGUGUCGGUCGGCCAAACUCAAACAAAGGCGGGCGGAAUGACUUUAUUGGCUCGUUUUUUGCUUUUGGUGAGCGUCGCUGCGGCUGGAACGGCGGCGAAGAGCGACGGCGACGACGAGUGGGUUCAUCUUCCGGACAAUUGUGAAGUGUGCAAGUUUGUCAGCAUCGAGAUGAAGUCUGCCUUCGACGAAACUGGGAAGACCAAGGAAGUUAUCGAUCGCAACUACCGCUUCAUUGACAGCAAGGGAGCUCCGCCUAUUAAAUACGUCAAGUCCGACCUGCGCUUCAUCGAGGUAGUGGAGAACGUGUGUCAGAGGCUUCUGGAGUACAACCUGCACAAAGAGAGAAGCGGCAGCAAUCGCUUCGCCAAGGGCAUGUCUGAGACCUUCUCCACCCUUCACGGCCUGGUUAACAAAGGGGUUAAUGUGGUCAUGGACAUUCCAUACGAGCUGUGGAACGAGACGUCAGCGGAAGUUUCUGAUCUCAAGAAGCGGUGUGACGUGUUGGUGGAGCAGUAUGAGGACGUGAUUGAAGACUGGUACAAAGGUAGCCAGGAAGAAGACUUGACGACAUACUUGUGUGAGAAGCAUGUGCUCAAAGGAAAGGACACAGCCUGCUUGAAGGAGGAGUGGACUCCCAAAAAGAAGGGAGACCAUGCAGCUAUCGCAGAAGACAAGACGAAGAAGAAGAAGAAAAGUGAAGGAAAUGACGGCAAAAAGAAAAAGGAGAAGAAAGUGAAGAAGGCUGCAGCGGAAAGUAUGGAGGGAGUCCAGCCUCAGGCGUCUCUGUCUGGGAUGAAGACGGAGCUCUGAGGAAUCUGUGGAGAACGCUUGCAGGAACUUUUGUUACAAUGAAGAAACAAUUUCUCCUAUGCUGUACUUUAAUUUUAAUGUCAUGUUGAAUGUGUGUUCUCCAAGCUGCUAUUUAAGAUACAUGUGAAUUUCCUCGUGUGUGUGUGUGUG